AGGCUUGGAAUGCACGAUAUUGCUCUGAGCAUGAGCACAUGUCAGUGAUCUGUGAGCGAGGCUUGAAGCCCAUGACAGCAUUCUGACAUUGAGGCUUGAUGUUUGAGUGCAGAAGGAAUGAGAAAGUUACUAGUCUGAAUGAAGGAAGAACACAAAGGUGAAUAGAGGUAAUAAGAACACGAGAAGUCACAUUCCUCUUCGUUCGGACUGAAGGAUUGCUGGAGUUUCAAGUAUCACCUGAUAGUAAUAAUGAUCAUUCAAAUUGGAACGUGGAAAUAAGUUUUUGCAACAUUGUUGCUGAGCUCUGGGGACUCCGGGGUUACAUUUGUUUGUCUCCCCUUAGAAGAGGAAUCUCUUUAUUUCCACGAUGAGGCUUAGCAGUGUACUCCGCUUUCCCUAUGACUUUGGUGGACGGGACGUGGCACACUGGUUCCCGGGACAUAUGGCUAAAGGAAUGAAACAGAUGAGGGCUAAAUUAACAAAAGUGGACUGUAUUGUGGAAGUACAUGAUGCAAGAAUUCCUUUAUCUGGUCGAAAUCCUUUCUUUAAAGAGCACCUUGGAAUUAAGCCCCACCUUCUUAUACUCAACAAACUGGACCUAGCUGACCUGACUCAUCAAAAUAGGAUCAUCACACAGCUAAGAAAGCAGGAAGUUGGAAAGGUUAUAUACACAGACUGCAUACGGGAGGAAAACGUCAGGAAGAUUGUUCCAGCAAUUACAGAGCGCAUUGAAUGUCAUCCCCGAUUCAACAGAGCUGAGAAUCCAGAAAUCUGCAUCAUGGUAACUGGAAUUCCCAACGUUGGUAAAUCUUCUCUAAUAAACGCACUGCGAAGAAUACAUCUGAGGAAGGGAAAGGCCUCUAGAGUUGGUGGCGAACCUGGAAUUACCCGCUCAGUGCUGUGUAAAAUACAGGUAUCUGAAAAUCCUCUUAUCUACCUCUUGGACACUCCGGGUGUUCUCUCCCCACGUAUUGAGAAUGUUGAGACAGGAAUGAAAUUAGCGCUAUGUGGAACAAUCCUUGAUCAUUUGGUGGGAGAGGAAAUGAUAGCCGAUUACCUCCUUUAUACCCUAAAUAAUUACGCCCAACACAGCUAUGUGCAGCAUUAUGAACUGGAAGGACCAUGUGAUGACAUUGAGACACUCUUAAAGAAAAUUGCUAAAAAGCUGGGAAAGACUCAGGUGGUGAAAGCCAUCACUGGUACUGGGAACGUCAACAUAACUAUACCAAACUACAGCGCUGCUGCUUAUGACUUCAUACGUGCUUUCCGCAAAGGAGAUCUUGGCAGAGUGACAUUGGAUUGAUAAAGCACAAGUGGACUUGACAUCUGCAGAAUAUGCUUUGUGGCACUUGGCAAAGCGAGAUCCUUUAGAUGAGAACUGUUAUGGGUUAUGCUAAAUUUUACAAAUUUCAGUCAGUCAUUGAUAUGACUGCUGUGUUGCCUGGCUCUUUUUAUAUGCCUUCUGGAAUUGCUUGGGUUAGCAAGGAUUACAACGGUGUGAAACUCGCAGCCUCAGGAUCGGCUGUUUAAAUCUCAGGGCAUUGUAUGUGAACAGGCACCUAGAAAGGCUACCAAACACAAAUCAUAAUUAAUUGGACAUACAGGUACUCCUCACUUAAUGACCAGGUUCUGUUCCAACGACCUGGUUGUUAAAUGAGUAGCCAUUUAAUCAUUUUUUUAAGUAAUCUUUACUACUGUACUGUAUUGUGAAAAAUGUCUAAACGCAAAACUCAAUAACGUUGUUUUAAGUACAGAACACAAAUGAAAAUUAUGUACUGUACAAUGAAGUACAUCGCCUCGUUCGGGUGGGGAGAGCUGGUCAUAAGUCCGAUUGGUCUUUAAACGAAGAGUACCUGUAUGUAAUCAUUCUUCUGAGCGUACCUGGCACUUGGGGAUCCACACAGAACCUGGCUGAUAAGAUAUAGGGGAGAUAAGUUCCCUGGGAAUAGGUGGGUGCUACGCUGUGGGGGGGUAGUGUAUAGGGAGGUUGGGGAUGGAGGGAAAGUAUUCUCUGCUUUUCUUGGUACAGUGCAUCUGGAAAGUAUUCGCAGCACUUACAUUUUUCCACAUAUUGCAAAAUAGAUUAAAUGCUUUUUUUCCCUCCAAAUUCUACAAACCAUGCCCCCAUAAUGACAGCGUGAAAGAUGUUUGUUUUAAAUCUUUACAAAUUUAUAAAAAAAUAAAAUCACAUGUGCACAGCUUUUGCUCAAUACUUUGUUUAAGCACCUUUGGCACCAAUUACAGCCUCAAGUUUUUUUGGGUAUAAUGCUUCAAACUUGGCACCUAUUUUUGGGCCGUUCUCUCAUUCUUCUUUGUUGGACCUCUUAAGCUCCAUCAGGUUGGAUGGUGCACAGCCAUUUUCAGAUCUUUCCAGAGAUGUUCAAUCGGGUUCAAGUAUGGGC